AUGUCCUUCCUAUUCGCAUACCCAGUCUCGAGAUCGAGGUCGACAGCGACAGCAUCGACGAUAUGCGCGCAAUGCCGGCGAUCCUUCCAAACGAACGCGGUGCGAUACAGCGGCCAUAACCGCUGGUCCAAGAUCAAGCACGAGAAAGGCGCGGCCGACAAGAAGAAGACCUCGCAGCGCAGUACCUUUUCAAAGCACCUGACAUUAUACUCGAAGCUAUAUGGCGCGGAUCCGAGCUUGAAUUCGCAGCUGGCCGCCAUGAUAGCGACGGCCAAGAAAGCCGGCAUGCCAAAAGCCAACAUCGACGUAGCCAUAGCGCGGGGCCAGGGAAAAUCCUCCUCAGGCGCCGGCCUCGAGGCCGCAACGCUCGAGAUCAUGAUGUCGCCCUCGGUCGCCCUAGUCGUCGACAUUGAGACCGACAGCAAGCAGCGCGCGCUGCACGAGCUGCGGUCCAUCAUCAAGAAGCACAACGGCACCGUCACGCCGACGGCGUUCCUGUUCGCGCGGCUGGGGCGCACAGUGCUGCAACAGAACAACAAGGACAACGGAAACAGCGGCAGCGGCGACGACUUCGACGAGAUCCUGAUGCAGGCGCUCGACGCGGGCGCCGAGGACGUCGAGCAGGACGAGGAUGGUAAUGUCGUGCUGUGGACGCAGCCCAACAUGACGCACCAGGUGGCGCAGAACCUGUCCAAGGAGCUGGACAAGCAGAUCCUCAGCUCGGAUAUCAUAUGGUCGUGCACUUCGGACAAGGUCAAGCUCGACGACGCGGAGGCGACCGAGGGCAUUGCGAAGCUGUUGGCCUCGCUGCGGGACUACCCGGACGUGCAGGGAAUCUACGGCAAUCCGGAACGGGGGGCCGUUUCUGAGGAGAUUUGGAGCGCGGUGGAGGAGAACCUCGAUGCUUGA